GUAAUAAUAUAAACUUGGAACUUUCAGAACAAGCCUUUCCUGACUUGUUUUUUCAUUUACCAAACAUCUCAUUUAGUGAAGCUUAUAAUAAAGUUAAUCAUCGCAAGACAUAUACAACUAUUAAUGGGUUAUUUAAGAAAGCUAUUCAAGCUAAAUUAGAUGCUGGCUCAAAUACAAUUCAAGAGCUCAAAGACUUUAUAAGUAGCUUUAUUACCAAAUAUGCACCAAAACAGAAAGAUAAAAAAAAUAAAGGCAACA